AUGACCCCAAAACAAAAAGCAGAACUUUUUAAUUCAUACUUUUGCUCCGUUUUUCGACCACUUAAAGCUUUAUCUAUCACUGAUGAUUCACCUCCCUUACUGUCGCCUGUGGAACAAUUGUCUGAUAUAACCGUCUCGGAAGAAGAAGUUGCCCAUCAUCUUGCAAACUUGGAUCCAACUAAGGCAACAGGCCCCGAUGGUAUUCCUGCUCGGGUAUUGAGGGAAUGCAGUUAUGCCAUUGCUCCAAGUCUUUGCUCACUCUUUAAUCAUUCAUUACAUACUGGUACUGUUCCAUCUGAAUGGAAAUCAGCUGAUGUUUCACCAAUUCAUAAGAAAGAUAAGAAAGAACUAGCUAUCAACUACCGUCCAAUUUCACUGCUAUCUAUCAUCAGCAAAGUCUUGGAGCGAUGUGUUUGUAAUCGUUUCUAUGAACAUAUCCGAGAUUCGAUUAACGAAGCUCAGCAUGGAUUCCUUCAUGGCCGUUCUUGUGCUACACAGCUUCUUUCAACGUUACAUCGUAUUGGACAAUUGCUUGACAAAAAUACCCAGACGGACAUUCUAUUUCUUGACUUCGCUAAAGCCUUCGACUCAGUGGAUCAUGUUAUUCUCUUAAAGGGAAAUGGCAAUAUAUUUUUUUAUUUUCCCAUAUGAAAGAACGUUUGAAACUAUUGAUAACUUGUUUUACCGAUUCAUCAUAUCUUGCUUAGUUCUUGAAAUAUUUCCACUUGAAGUAAUGAGAUGUCAGCCAUCUUGGAUAAAGUUUUGAUCUCAUUAACGAUAGUUUUGGUGACGUCACAACAGGGAUUAACCAUACAAAAGUAUUCGUCACUAACCAAAUAUUGAUUGGUAGAUGUUUUAAACGUUUCAAGUGAUCUUGAUAUUUUCAGGAGCAUACAGAGUAUAAUUUUGGGUGCAAAAUGAGUAGUGGUUGUCUAGAUAAAAAUAUUGCGUGACCCCUGUUGUGACGUAAAAUGCAUAUCCACAAAAAUCCAAGAUGGCGGACAUUUCAUUUCUUUCGAUUAAAAUAUUUGUAGAAGUAAGCAAGAUAUGAAAAAUCGGUAAAAGAGUUUUAUAUAUGGUUUUAAAUGUUCUUUCAAACGAGAAAAUAAAAAAAUAUAUUGCCAUUUCCCUUUAAGAAAGCUGAAAGAUUACGGUAUCGCAGGAAACCUUUACAGAUGGUUCUCUGACUACCUUCAUAACCGUACCCAGCGUGUUGUUGUAGAGGAUGCUGCUUCGUCAUGGUCCCCUGUCACUUCUGGCGUUCCACAGGGAAGCAUCUUGGGUCCAAUGCUUUUCUUACUCUUCAUCAACGAUCUUCCUGAUGUCAUUCCUGAAUCUACAUCAACAGGACUGUAUGCUGAUGAUACCAAAUUAUAUAGAGAAAUCUCAACUCCAGAGGAUUGUUCACAGCUACAAGAAGCUUUGUCGUGUGCGGAUGUUUGGAGUAAGGAUAACAACAUCAACUUUAAUCCCUCAAAAUGUAAAAUAUUGACAUUCUCCCGCCGUAAAACACCUUUUCUUUUCGAAUAUUAUCUGGGAUCAUCCGAAUUGAAGCGUGUGAAUGAUGAAGUUGAUCUGGGAAUCACAGUGACCAGUAACCUUUCAUGGACAACCCAUAUCAAUAAAAUAAAAGUCAAGGCGAACAGGUUGCUUCGUUUGCUUAGAAGAACAUGCCCCUUGCUAACAGACCGCAGUAUCCGGCGUACUCUGUAUCUUUCGCUCGUCAAGUCUCAAUUAUGCUAUGCCACAGAGGUUUGGUCUCCCUCCCAAUAUAAUAAAUUAAAUCUGGAGCAAGUACAAAGGCGUGCAACAAGAUGGAUCCUUCAAUCGAAGAAAGGUGACAUGACCUACAAGGACAGAUUGCUGGCUGUGAAUCUUUUACCACUGGCGUUUGACAGGGAAAUUAAGGAUUUGACAUUUAUGUUUAAAACUGUGCAUGGUUUUUAUGAUUUGGAUGUUUUCGAUUUUGUGUCAUUUGUUAAUCAUAGUCGUACCCGUAA